CUUCGGAGAUGUGUUGGCUAAGGCCCUCUGCGAGCCUUCCGCGAGCCCUCCCCGAGCCCUCCGCGAGCCCUCCUUGAGCCCUCCCGCGCCCUCGAGCCCUCCGCGAGCCCUCCGCGAGCCCUCAGGUCGGAGGCCGAUGGACCAAAUCAUUUUUUUUCUCAUUGUCGCCCCGCCAUCGCCGGUUCGCGGGUUUGCAGGUUUUCACGGCGCGAUAGCAGCAGCCUCUCCUCCACAAUACCGCGAGGUAAAGCGCUGGAAGACUCGGAUUGGAUGUCUUGGUGGGUGUUUCUUGUUUGCAUGUCACUGCAAUUUGUCACUCUCUGAAACCUCCUCCUCCUCCUCGAGGGUGCCGUUGCGACAUCUAUCCAAUCAAUCAAUCAAUCAAUCAAUCAGAAGAGGGUGUUUGUUGUCUACCCGCGUGACUUUCCGGAGGAGAACUGCUAGCCUGAGGAGAACUGCUAGCCUGAGGAGAACUGCCAGCCUGAGGAGAACUGCCAGCCUGGCUGCCUGCAAAGAUGACUGGUGCAGCGUACACUUCCAGGCUUUUCGUGACUCUGAAGCGCGGUCUCCCUGGGAAACGGCAUGACCACAGGAGAGUGGUGAAAGCUCUCGGCUUGCGCAAGGUGAAUCACACAGUAGAGAGAAACAAUUCUCCUACCAUUCGGGGAAUGAUUGACAAGGUCAAGUAUAUGCUGUCGGUUGAGACAAAGGAGAUGAGGACCAAAAGACUAGAGAGUGAGGCCAUCGCAAAAGCACCCAGAGAACCUGUCAUCGUCAGCCAUCACCCCUCGUCUCCUUCGCCAACUUCCUCUCCUUUGAGUCAAGAAGUCUGAGUGCGCUUGUAGCCCUCACCAAAGCUCCCAAGGAACCAACCUGUCAUCGUCAACCACCUCACCUCUUGUCUUCCUCGUCUUUGUGCUCUCCUUCCAACCAAGGAGCCCGAGUGCAUUUGUAGAGUGCACUACUUUCUCUCAUAGACUCUCUGCUACCUUCUCUCUUCCUUCCCCUGUCCCCGAACUACAUCACCUUGCUGCUCUUUUCUGUGUACAGGAGAUGAUGAUAUGUCAAAGACAGGGAAUAGUUGAUGGGCCACACUGGCAGGAGUUUCGUCGUUUUCCAUGAUCGUUGCUACUUCAAUUGCAAUUUGUAAAUUGUACGGAUGUGUUUGCUUUUUAGCGAGGAAGUGACAAGGGUUUGGACAUGAAUCUUCUGUUAGUCUCUUUUUCUGUGUCUUCAAUGUUCUCCUCUUCUUUUGUUCUUUAAACUUCUUUUCUUUUACGUCCCCUUAACGUUUUCAAGCAAGCUUUCCUUCUUAAAUCCCCGGCUAGACUUGGUCCUCUACUCUUCUCUCUCCUCUUUGUUGUUUUUUUUUGUCCCCCCCCCCUCCCCUCUCUCUUCGUAUCAUCUUUUCACACCCUUCACCGUGUGUGGACUUGUCUGCUUGACGGUACAAAAGCUCAGAUUCCGUGAUCCGGCGAUGGAGAGGGACUAAAUAGCUUGCAAUUGGAGGGAACUGCAGAAUGGAAGUGCUCUAAGACUUGUUGUUCUGUGCUUUCCCUCUCAUUUAGAUCCGGCUCGACAGUGAGUGAAAUUCCGGCCUUUUGGCUAUAAGAGCAAGUGUAGUAUCUGUUCUGAUCAGUUUAAUUAAUACCUAUUCCAUGGUCCAUGGGGCCACAUUAUUAACAACAAAAAAAAAAAAGACGGAUGGGAAUGAGUGCAAAACGAGCAACACGCUAAACUAGGCCAGUUCCUUGACCCCCUCUUGUGCAUGGCGUUGACCUUCAAGACAAACAUCUGCCUGCCUGCCUGCCUCUUUGCGGUAGGAGACGGAAUACAGCGAUUGGGUUCAUAUAACAAGAACAUCAGAGCGCAGGUGACAGCCUCAGUGGCUGUAGGAGUUCCACCAAGGUUGAGACCUGGGACGGGGGUGUCGCCUUUCUAUUGGUGGGGAGCAGCACCUGCUGGAAACCCAUUGCAGCAUCCCUUUGACACAGUUCUUCUCAUGACUGAAAAGCACAGUCCUCCCAAGACAAAGCAAUUCGCCCAUCCCCCGGCAGUGCCCAACUGGGCAUUAUCGCUGGGAGGGCAUGGCGCCCUUGUCUGUUCACUGCCAGCUUCAUACCUGUCCCCUUCUCCUGUCUCAGGGUAUAUCCUUCUCUGGGCUGGCCAUCUGUUAUUCCCAUUGUGACUCACAUUGCGCUCCAUCUGAACGCCCUUGUUGUUGCUGGCUGCUCAUAUCCGUAGUCUCCACUGUCCUGCGUUUUUCUGCAGUAGCUGUACGCAUUGCCGAGUCAUCACCAGAUGGGGAGGGUGUCGCUGGUGGAAGACGGACUGGCCUUGGAAGUAUAUGAAUUCCUAUAAUGCUCACUGUUGCAGUUAGAAUUGUGAGAUUCCAACUUGGCGAGUUGCUGUUUGAUAUGUGCAGGCAUCUCGUCCAAGGUGCCGAAAGGCUGCUGAUCUGUCUGACAGGUGCAGGCAUUCUUUGGGUGGAACUAGACGGUAGCCGAUUGUGUGGAUGACAACACUCAUUGUUGCCAUAGGGAGUCUGGUAUUUAUGCAGUUGCUACACUGAAAAUGACACCU